CCCAGCCAAAACCAGCACAGAUGUGCACCGUGUAUCUGCUGCACUGUGCCGUUUGUAGCUAACACUGUCCGCUUCAGCCGCAGUAGUUUGCUGUCAGUCACCGUCCCUUCAUUGUCCCUUAGCUAACCGGGCGGUGCCCAGCUCAGGUCGGCAGCCCUGUGCGCGGUGUUCCCCGCGCUGCCGCUCCCUCAGGCGCUGCCCGAGCGCUCCAUUCCCCGGCCGUGCCCGCAGCCCUGUGCGCGGUGUUCCCCGCGCUGCCGCUCCCUCAGGCGCUGCCCGAGCGCUCCAUUCCCCGGCCGUGCCCGCAGCCCUGUGCGCGGUGUUCCCCGCGCUGCCGCUCCCUCAGGCGCUGCCCGAGCGCUCCAUUCCCCGGCCGUGCCCGCAGCCCUGUGCGCGGUGUUCCCCGCGCUGCCGCUCCCUCAGGCGCUGCCCGAGCGCUCCAUUCCCCGGCCGUGCCCGCAGCCCUGUGCGCGGUGUUCCCCGCGCUGCCGCUCCCUCAGGCGCUGCCCGAGCGCUCCAUUCCCCGGCCGUGCCCGCAGCCCUGUGCGCGGUGCUCCCCGCGCUGCCGCUCCCUCAGGCGCUGCCCGAGCGCUCCAUUCCCCGGCCCGCAGCGGGGCCGCGGCCCGCGCCCGCCGCGCUCCGCACAUGCUCCGUGCGCCGCGCGGGCCGCGCGCGCUCCCUCAGCCGCCGCGGCUCCUCCGCCCGCUGAGGGCAUGGCACUGCUCAGAACCUCAGAUAGGCUUCCAGGCGCAUCCUUGUAAGAGAGUCCGUAACAGAAUGUAAUGUUUCCAUCUUCCUCUUGCCUUGGCAACAACCUGCAGCCGUAAAGCGGGUUUAGUUCUCUGAGAGGAAGUCUGGUGGCAGCUAUCGUUUCACUGUGUACUGUAAUAUAUGAGAUUCUACCCUGAAAACCCUGGAGGUGGCAUUUGUCCGGUCCGGUUGUAAAUAAUGAGAUAGAUCACAAUGGAUUUCAGUUCCUCCUCUGUGUUUGACCAGCACAAAGGGUGAGAUGGAGGAAGAUGAAGUGGCUGUGACUAAGACGUGGAGCCAAGUGCAUCCAGCACAAAUGACAUACAAGCUCUCCCAGCAUUUUCUGCUUUCUGUCAUGUGAAGCAUCAGAAGACCAUUUAUCUGUCAUCCUUCUCACUCCCCAUCCACAGUCAUACAGGUCAAGAAGACACCCUAUCUUGAAUUUCACCCUACAGAAAUGGAAUUUGUGUCAGUCAAUUUUAUUCAGAUUCCAGCAUGAGUGCUCAUCUGUUCCUUCUAGCCCAGGCUCUCAGGCAGGUAACACCCUGCUCCAUCUGCCUCUCCUUGCUGUGACAGCUAGGACUCGUGGGUGGGGAAGUGUGAAUCUUUGUGACUUCAUGCCACCAUCCUUUAACAGAAAUGGAGCUUGUGUUCUGCAAGAACAGACAGAGGAAGGACUUCAUUUUUCCAUCCAUCCAUCCAUCCAUCCAUCCAUCCAUCCAUCCAUCCGUCCGUCCGUCCAUUCAUCCAUCCAUCCAUCAUUCUACUUCCCCUGCUGAUACAGAAGGAUAAUUGUUCUGGGGAAAGCAGACUGAGCCCAGCAGAGGCAAAGGGGAAGUGUCUUGGUUUUAUCUGGAGGAAGAAGGGCAGAGAUACUGAGAGACCCACGUGAAGGAGUGCACCCUUGUCCUCAUCUUCCUGCCUUAGCGCCCCAGCUUACACAGUCAUGCUGUCUCCAGAAGUUUGACAGUACAGAUAAGUCACCAGUCACUUAAUCUGUCUUUCCUUUGAUCAGCUCUCAAGUGUGAUUAAGGCAUUUUCUCGACCUAACAAGGUAGUGCAGUGAUUGGACAAGUGAUGCACUCUAUAGCUCUGACCCUGUCCUGGUUUAGCCUGGACUAGAAUUAAUUUUCUUCUUAGCAGCCAAUACAGUGCUUAUUUCUCAUUAAGUAUGAGACUAAUGUUGAAAACACAGUGCUGUUUUAGUUGUUUCUUGUUAGUGCUCACCCUAAAUCCAGGACAUUUCAGUGUCCCAUGCUAUGCAGUGAUCAGGUGCCCAAGGGGCUGAGGGAGCAUGGCCAGGAGAGCUGACCCGCCCUGGCCAGAGGAUAUUCCACACACAGAUGACACGGCCAGGGUGUGAACUGGGGGAGCUGCAGCAUGACAGGCUGGGCAUCAGUCAGCAGGUGGUGAGCAACUGUAUUGUGCAUCACUUGCCUUUCUUGGGUUUUAUUCAUCUCUUUCUCUCCUUUCAUUACAAUUAUUAAUGAUGUGGUGGUGAUGAUGAUGAUGUGUUAUUUCAGUUAUUAAACUGUUCUUAUCUUAACCCACCAGUUUUACCAUUUUCUGAUUCUCCUUCCCAGCCCACAGGGUUCAGGGCAGUGAUGGAACAUUGGGGGCAUCUGGGGCUAAAGACAGACCCUCAGCCAUUGAGAACAGUACAGCUCACAGCAGCUGUACUUCUUUUUGAGUUAAUAAGGAUCAGAAACAUGAGGCUGUUUCUGACCAACACUGAUGCAGCAGAAGAGAUCGACUUGGCUGUGGUUUACCAAGCAGCAGCUAAUGGCGAUGUCAACACCCUGACUGCAGUGAUCCGAGAGGAUCCUUCCAUCCUGGAGUCUUGUGACAGAGAGGGUUGCACUCCUUUGAUGCAUGCUGUGUCAGGACGCCAGGUUGACACAGUGAAGCUUCUGUUGAAGAUGGGAGCCAAUAUUAAUACUCAAGAUGCUUGUGGACGUACCAGUUUAUCUCUGGCAACUUACUUGGGCUGGCUGGAAGGCUGUGUCAGCCUGCUCAGGAACGGUGCUAAGCAGAACAUACCUGACAAAAACGGGAGGUUGCCACUACACGCAGCCACUGCAGAGCCCGAUGUGAGGCUUCUGAGCUUGCUUCUGCAGCAGUCAAAUCUUAGUGAAAUUAAUCACCAGGACAAUGAGGGAAUGACUUCACUGCACUGGGCUGCAUUCCACAACAGACCCCAGCACACCCAAACUCUGCUGCACAAGGGAGCAGACCCAACUCUGGUGGACAAGGACUUCAAAACAGCUCUGCACUGGGCAGUUCAGAGCGGCAACAGGAUUCUAUGUUCCAUCAUUCUGGACCACUGGCAGGGACCAUCAAUAAUAAAUUAUGAUGAUGAGAAUGGCAAAACAUGCCUGCACAUUGCUGCUGCUGCUGGCUACAGUGAUAUCAUCAGUGAGCUGGCUAAAGUCCCAAAGUGCAACCUGCAGGCCCUUGAUGUGGAUGACAGGACUCCUUUGCACUGGGCCGCAGCAGCAGGGAAAGCUGACUGUGUGCAGACACUGCUGGCACUGGGGAUAGACAGCAGCCCUCGAGACAUCAAUGAGAACACUCCUCUGAUGUAUGCCAUAUACUGUGGGCACAUGGCAUGCGUCAAGCUGCUGUCUCAGGAGAGCAGUAGGUCUGAAUCAGUUCAUCAGUAUCCCUACCAGAACAACAGACUUAUAAAGAAGGAAGGACGAUUCAGUAUGUUGAACCAGAUCUUCUCGUGCAAAAGGAGGAAAGAUGAUCAGAAAACCAGUCAGAAGGAGAGAAGCAGGGAUCAAUAUCCUGGAGAAGAGACCUCAGAAGUAGAUGAUAUCAUCACCCGUUUUGAUUGCAUUAUGAAUAAAAAUUGUAGAGACAUUCCAGAUGAGUGCAAGACCACCCCUGACUUUAAAAGAAAGAGCACAGACACUAAGUACCUCAUAGCAGAAAAGAAGCAAUCAGCAUCUCAGGGACUCCCACCCAUCACCACUCAUAGCUUCUCCCCAAUCACUGCAGGCAAUUCCUUCCUAACUGCUUCCCAGAGCAAAAUGCCAAGCUUCUACUCCAGCUCCAGUAUCCAACAUUUUCCACACAAAUCUCAAAAGAGUAGGAGUGAAUACAACUUGCUGGACAGCACAGAUAGCUGCCAGGCUUUGCUGGAUGAUCCCUGGAACACAGACUCUAACCAGAGACUCUCUUACAAAGCCUGUACUAGGACUUCUUCAGACAAACUGAUGAAUGGCUUAAACUCUGAUAGAUCUCACCACGCACUUUUGUGCCCUCCCUGCCUUCCCUCCCUUCCCAGUUCUCCAUCAGCAAGAAGUUUUCAACGGAUGUCUAUAGACCAACACAAAAUGAAAAAUAUUAUUCCUGUACAGAACAGCCUAGCUCCAAUAGCCAACCACAGUGCCCACAAAACAUCAUAGAAUGGCUGAGGUAGGAAGACACCUUUGGAGACUGUCCACCCCCCUGUCCACAGAAGUCACCUCCAGCACAUUGCCUAGGAUCACACCCAGUUUUGUUUUAAAUAUCUCUAUGAAUGAGAUUGAGACUGCACAGUUUUUCUGGGCCAUCUCUUCCAGUGCUUGACUAUCCUCAGAGGAAAAAGUUUCUUAUUUCUUAGUUGUGGCAAUUGAUUCUUUCACCUCCAUAGGACUCCACUGAGAAAAGUGUGUCUCCUUCUCCAUUACUCCCCACAAUCAAACAUUUAUACAUAUUGACGAGGUCCUCUGAGCUGCCUUCUCUUCUUGAGGCUGAACAGUCCCAGCUCUUUCAGCCUCUCCUUUAAGGCUGACACUGCAAUCCUUUAGUCAUCUCCAUUGCUCUCCAUGGGACUUGCUUCAGCAUGUCCCCCUCCCUCUUGUACUGGGAGUCUCAGAGCUGGACUCAGAACUCCAGACAUGUUUCACCCGAGCAGAGUAGAGGGGAAGAAUCCCCUGUCACAAUCUGCUGGCAGUGCUGUUCCUGGUGCAGCCCUGGAGGCUGUUGGCUGUAUUUCUGCACAGGCACAUUGCUGGCUCGUGUUCAGCUUGGGGAAGCAGUGGUCCCAAAGUGCAGGAGAGCUUCAUCCCUCUCAGAGUCCCAGCAGAGUGUCAGGACUGUGAUCCAGGCUGGAUCAAGCCAGUACCUGGGGUGUUCUUCAAACACAGACACCAGCCCUACUCCCAGCAGUGUCCUAAACUCACAUUCUUGUGCUCCACCAAGCACAAAUCUCCAUUGUAUACUGGAUGAGGAUUUACAGUUUACUAAUUGUCAUCCUGCGGAUCAGCCAGGUACUAAAGCAUUCAGACCUGAUUUAAGAUUCCCUUCCACUUAUAAUCAGAAUGUCAAAAGCAAUUCUGCAGUGAUGACAAUAUUACUAGAAAUGAGGCAGAGGCAGCCUUACAGGGACCAUCAGAUUGGGUGGGAAUAUAGAGAAUCCUGCACUGCUGCUGUUUCCUACAUCAGACAGGAAGAAAAGGUGUUUGAACUACUGAGGUGGUAUUCUUUGUCUGCUCAGAAGAAAGCAAAUAAUUUCAUUGCUUUUAAAACCCCAGGUCCAAGUGUCCUAUUUUUUAAGCUUUUCUACUUAUGUUUUCUGUAUCUUCUAGUUAAAUCAUAGUUGUAAGCAAAAUUAUUAAAAAAGUCUUUCAUAAUAGUGGUUGUUCUUGCAUUAAUUCAUACAAAUGGUGAAGAAUUUAUUUCUAGUCUUGUACCAAAAACUGUUUUACAAGUAAGAUACAAUUUUCUCAAUUAAGAAUCCUGGUUUAAUUAACACAGCACAUUUAUCCAAGUGCCAUUACUGCUUGAACAUUAGUUCAAGUCAGUAACAGAAAAGCAAAAUUAUUUGCAAAAUAGACUGUAUUUCUUGUUAAUACGAAUGACAUUUGCUCCUGAAGCUUUCUAAAUAACUGUUUCAGAGUCUCAUCUCAGUAUGAGAUUUCACUCAUCCUCCAUCCAGCCCUAAAAGUAUUACCCUUUUGGACAUAGCCUUUAUCCAGGCAAAAUCCAGGCUCCAGCAACAAAGACUGAGUAUAAAUAUUUGUGUUCCUCUGGUAUUUUUAAUACACAAGAGGUGUGUUAAAAAUAUGCUAAGGGGAAAAAAAAAAACCAAAAAAAACCCACACACACAACAACAACGAAAAAACCCACAAACCUACCAAGAAGCUAGAACAAUAAAAUAAGCAAAAACUGGAAUGAGAACUGACACUACUCAGAGAUUAACUGAAAGAAGAAGUAUCUCCCCAAAAAAGGAAGAGCAAAGAAAAAAAGAAGGAAGAAAUUAUUAACUCCCUCAGUAAAAACACUUUAAAAUACACAUUAGAAAGAGGAAAAUAGGAAUGAAACAGUAGCCUAGGAAGAGUACCUAACUGACUUUAAACCAUAAAUUCUCACCCUUCAGAUAUUCCAAGGGCCAGGGAUCCCUCACAUGGCUUCUUAAGUAGCCUUAGCACAGACUGCAUCCCCUAUUCUGCAUGCCGCUGCUUCAUCCCUCACACACUCUUUCCAACUGAUCAUGGAACGCGUACAACCCCUGAAAAACAGACUGUCACACACUCCUUACAAAAUGCCAGGAUAAUUUUUCAAACAAAAUUUUCAAGAAAAAUUUCUGCUCCUCACACUUCUUCAUGUAGUUAAGAAGGUCUGAUGAGACAUUAGAGGAGACAACGUGUCUGAUGCACAAAAAAGGGACAUUAUUACUUGCUGGAAAAAAAAACCUACUACAAUAACAACAAAUUUAAAAGACAAUUUUAACAUCUAUUUCCACUGGUCAUUUAACAAUAUUUUCUGGAGAUCUGUGGUUGUUUGUGCCAUUAUUCAUCAUGAUUUGAAGUGUCUUCUUUCUCAAGUUAACAGCCAAGCAUUCCACAAAGCACCCCUGUCUCUGGAGAAGGCCACUGUGAUCCACUGCUUGCAAAAGAGGGGGGUCUAAGAUGACAAUGCCUUUCUGAUAGUCUUACUUUUGCCCCUGCAGUUUGUAGUAGCAGCCACUCCCGAGUCUCUACUGAGUGGAAAAGGCUGCCUGAACCAGUAGCUCCUGUUGUUCCACUUGCUCUUUGGCGGCCCACUCUGCCCUCCGCAUGUAGGUCAUCAGCAGGGCUUUUGCUCCAUAUAGGUCCUGGGGCCUUAAGGGC